UGUCGGGGGUCGUAUGGCGCAAGCCUGGACGGGAACGAGGGCGAGGAGGUGAACGGAGGCGGUAGAAGCGGCAAGGAGCGGAGACGGAUGGAGAGAGUGGCGGUCCGCUUCCCUCCGAGGAGAGAAGAAAGAGCACCGGCAGUAGUAACCCGGCCAGUACCCCGCGCGCGGGUGCAGCUGCAUCCGAAAACGCCCGUGUGUGUGAGAGUGCGUGAGAGUGCAAAACGAGGCGUGUGUGUCCUGGUGGCGAGCAACGAUCGCCACGAGGGUUGCGGUACAACGGAGACCCUGCAGUCCGGUAUCCUCGCUGUCAGCAUCCAACUUGAUCGAGGAAAAGCGCGUACUUAGGCGACGCAAACGCGGUUCACCGAGAAAUCCACUUGCAAGGUUGGGUCUGUCCGCAAACGAAAAAAAAAAAAACGAAACGUGAGACUGAAAUUCGUUUGAUCGAAGUUGGUUUAACACAUCGGACAACGAUGUUCCUUCGACGGUAUCGCGUUCCAAGUCACCCGACCGAGUUUCCAUGCGUGUAACGCGUGCCCCAACCGAAAGUAUGUGAAACGAAGAGAAGCAGAAAGAGAGUGAGUGUGAGAGAGAGAGAGUGUGAGAGGGCGAGAGAGAUAGCAGCGCCAUGUUACGAAGUCAAGAGACCUCGAACGAGGAUUCCUACCUGAGCUCGGGCAGGCCGUCGAACCUGCUGCGGACGAGCUUCAGCAGCGCCAAGUUAGAGACGCUAUAUCGCGCCUCCUCCCUUCAACAGAGGCGGGGUGGCCUCGAGUACUUCCUGUUUUCGGCGCUCCUCUACGCAGCUCACUCGUUGAUCACGCCUGGUCAGGAGCUAUCGACUCGAAGCUUAACCGCCGUCUUCUUGGGGUUGAAUCUGGGCCUGCUGGCCUGGGCUAAACACAAUCCUAGAGCGAAAGAUGCGCUUUGGUCGGUGAUUCCACACGUGGCCUGGAAUCUGUCAACCGCACAGCUACUUACUCAGCUGUUCCUCAAGUCCACCGAGGUCACGCCUAGGGACGGACUAGGCUGGCUGUUGCUCAUGCUGUACCUGCUGUUCGCCACUUUACCCCUCAGACUGCCCCUCUGCGUUCUCCUUGCCAUUAGCACCGCAUUGGUGUACAUCGUCUCCGUCGUUGGACUCUCCAAAGCGCCUGCACAGAUACCCAUCGAUGUUUUGGUGCUGACAGUGACGCUAUCCAUAGGCGCCAUGCUUCUGGGUGCUUCCAGUUAUUCUCUGACCGAGUUCCAACAACGCAGAGCCUUUUUAGAAACCAGACAGAGCCUGGAAGUACAACUGGUGAUCGAGGAACAAAGCGCCGAGCAGGAAAGGCUGCUGCUUAGCGUGCUUCCGGAACACGUGGCUGUAAUGAUGCGACAGGACCUAGGCGCCUCGUUGGAUACGCAGUUCAAGAAGAUUUACAUGUCCAGGCACGAGAAUGUCUCGAUUCUCUAUGCGGAUAUCGUUGGAUUUACCGCGAUUUCCUCCACGUACAGCGCCAGCGAACUAGUGAAGAUUCUUAACGAGCUAUUUGCUAGAUUCGAUCAACUCAGUGAAAGAUACGAGCAGCUGCGAAUAAAGAUCCUCGGCGACUGUUACUACUGCAUAAGUGGAGCACCCGUGGAAAGACCAGACCACGCUGUUCUGUGUGUCUAUAUGGGCUUAUCUAUGGUGGACGCCAUCAAGUACGUGCAACAAAAGACCAAUAGCCCUGUCGACAUGAGGGUGGGCAUACACACUGGUGCUGUGUUGGCCGGUGUCCUCGGUCAGAGACAAUGGCAAUUCGACGUCUACAGCAAGGAUGUCGAACUCGCGAACAAGAUGGAGAGCAGUGGAAUGGCGGGGAGGGUGCACAUCUCGAACGCGACGCUGAGCUUCCUGAAUGGCGAGUUCGAGGUCGAGCCAGCGCACGGCGAAGACAGAGAAGAGGCACUACAGAAGGCGGGCAUCGUCACAUACUUCAUAGUCCGGGCGUUGAAACCCUUCAAGCCAGCUGCCACCAAGAGCAUCGCCUCGCUCACGGAGGAUGCCAGGAAGACGAUUGACGCAGGAAACGAAAGAAAUAACAAUAAGGAGGACUCGGAGGAAUUCAGACAGAGGCUGAGGAAGGAACUGGAUAGCAAAACUGGCGGAGCACAUUUGAAAGGUCACGCGUACUGGUUGACCUUGCGGUUCAAGGACUCGAAGGUUGAGUCUGCGUUUCACCACGCCGAAGAAGCAUUUUCCCCUUUGUCACUGCUCGGUGGGCCAUUGGUGAUGAUCUGUGCCGCCCCAGUUUGGAGGUUUCAGCCCUGGGGACCUUUUACAUGGGGCGGUAUCGGGAUAGUGGUGCUAUUCGCGGUAGUUUUGGCUGGUGCCACGUGUCUGGGCAGUGCCAUCAAGGCUAUGUGGCUGAGAAGAGCUCUGGCCCUCAUGAUGACAUUUUCCCUUGGUAUUUUUCUGAUUCUCGAUAUGUUCAACUGCGUGGUCGUCGAGGAAACCAUUCCGCCCCUAAACGCCACCAUAACCCUGUCUUCGAGGUGUCCAUAUCCUUCCUACUACUCAUACAUCGGUGUGCUUACACUUGUGGCGACCUCGAUGCCGACCUAUAUAUGCUAUCUAGGCAAGGCGUACUUAAUGUACGGCAUCUCGGGCGUCCAGUGUUUCAUCAACAUCUGUCUACUGAAUGCGAGGCUGGACUGGGAGGAUUACGCUUCUUCCCUCGAACCGACCCCUCUUCCAUCGAAAUAUUGCCUAUCUGCCACUCUUCUCAUCGUAGCUACUUCUCUGGUCAUCGUGUCCAGAUACGCGGAAAAGUCGAGGAGGAUGUUGUACCUACGAGGAAGGGAGGUGGUGGCGCAGAGAGAAAGGGCGGCGGACAUGACGCGCAGAAACGGCGCCCUCAUCUACAACAUCCUUCCGCCGCACGUGGCUGCUUAUUUUCUGUCGAGUGCGAGACACCACGAUGAUCUCUACAGUCAAAGCUACGCCGAAGUGGGCGUUCUGUUCGCUAGUAUGCCGAACUUUGCCGAUUUCUACAGCGAAGAGAGCAUCAAUAACCAGGGCCUCGAGUGUCUCAGGUUCUUGAACGAAGUCAUAUCCGAUUUCGAUGCGAUCCUCGAUCAAACUAAAUUCAAGGACAUCAUCAAGAUCAAGACGAUAGGCUCGACGUACAUGGCGGCAUCCGGAAUCACAGACUCGGAGGAUUCCGAGGAUGCUCCUCGGUGGGCUCACUUGUCCACCCUGGUCGAAUUCGCCCUGGAGUUGAAGAAAGCAUUGUCGAGCAUCAACGAGCAAAGCUUCAAUCACUUUGUUCUCAAAAUGGGUAUCAAUCACGGCCCUGUGACUGCCGGGGUUAUUGGCGCCAGGAAACCUCAUUACGAUAUCUGGGGAAAUACCGUGAACGUGGCGUCUAGAAUGGAGAGCACUGGAAAAGUAGGCUGCAUCCAGGUCACAGACGAGACCCGGAGGAUUCUGGAGCCAUUUGGUUUCGGCUUCGAACAACGCGGCCUGGUGUUCGUCAAGGGCAAAGGUCAGCUGCUCACCCACUACCUGGUAUCCAAGGACGGCGUGUCCUUGAAUUUGGACAGUGACCUGCCGGUCGAACCCACCCAUCCGAUCAUCUAUCAGUAGGCUAAUACUCGAAGGCUCUAAAAACUUCAACGCAAAACCCUUCCUCGUUCACGAAGAGACCUUUCGUCGAGCAAGGUUCCUCUCUCUCUCUUGAUGAUCUUCGAAGAGACGAACAAAUUCGAGACGAUGAAAGAGAUCGAGACGUCGAUUACUCGAAAUCUUCAAGUUCGGAUAUGAAAUUGGGAAAAAUUGCAAAGAUACGACAGAGAGGUCUCGGAGGAAAGACGAACGAUCUACGAGAUCGGAAGAGUUUGAAAGAAAAUCGAGGACUGGGCUGAUCAGAUUGCUUUUUCGACCACAAUUUUCGACCUUGAUUCCUUGGGCAGAAGUUCCACGCGAAAGAUAUUUAUACAACAAACUGUUUGGUUAUUUUGUAAGUAAUUGAGAUGGUUGUUUGAGAGAUUUUAUUUAUCGAAGAGGCGCCCAGGCCUGGUCAGCCUUUAAAGAAAGUCAGCCACUAGAGAAAAAUUCUUACCGCUGUCGCAACCUUAGUCUACCGCUGAUAACGAUUACAUCGUUCAUUGAAGAUGAAGAACAGGGUACAAAUCGAAGAAACAAAGUACGUUUAGAGCGAAACUAAUCGAUAUUAAAGAAAGUGUUGUUUCAACAUCGCACCUAUACGUUUUCUCAUUGUGGACGUCGUGGAUUGUCUUAGUUAGUGGUAGGCCUUCAAAGGACUCCUAUUUUACGUAGAACCGAGAAGAAUAAUAGGAAACUUCGUUGAUAGUUGGCUGGUUUCGACUAAUCGGUUCGAUGGAAACGAAAAAAUAAAAGUGUAACUUUCUCGCGUCGAAACAACAUACAAAAUAUAAAAGUUUCCAAAUGAUAAUGAAACGAGAAAGUUAGGAAAGAAUCCAGUCGAUUCGCGCAUAUCUAGGAUAAGUGUUAGUUCGAAGGUGAAAGAAAGAAAAUGCCGUUCGAUCGAACAUCGAUCAAUCCUCGUCGCUAUAGAGAAUCGAUAUGUAACUUAAGAAAGUGUCUAGCUCGUAAUCCUUGUGAUAGAUACGCUGAUACGGUUCUCGCAAUCGAGUCAACUCUAUUUUUCUAGAUUCCGCGACGAGCACGUUCCGAGACGCGAUUAAUUAAAAAAAAAUAAUCGAAAGAAUUACGAGCGUGGGCGUGGUCAACUACAUAGUGGUAGGUCUUUUUCCUAACGUGGCUUCCGGAGAAUCGCCGUUUCUUCUAAAUAUACGUUCUUUCGGUCAUCGACACUGUCGACUGUGUGCUUUCUUACGAUUUCGAUCCGAAUCGUCGCGAUACGAUGAGAAUACAAAAUUUUCUGUCAACUCUGUUUCGUGUUCAAUAAUACUCGCGAAGAAGAUCGUAGACUCGGAAGGUGACUUCACGGUGACCGAGCGCCUAGCGCUUUGUCUUUACACCAAAACGAAGAUUCUACGUCGAUUUUCACGAAAAUUUUGUCGGUGCUUUUUCUCGAGAAAUUUACAAUUUAAUCGUUGUAACGAUUCGACCACGGAUAAAAAUUAAUCGACUAAAAUGGAAUUUCAUAUGUCUACGGUGUAAUUGUUACGAUAAUUAAAUAUUGCCGGACAUUAUCGGCCAGAUUACGCGUUGUAAUUAAACACAGUUAAUAAGUCGAAUCGCAGGUACAGUUGUUGUAUAGGAAAAUUGCAAGUCGAUAUGUAGAUACUAUCGAUAGUCGAAGAAAGGGGGUUGUAUAUUCUAUAUAAUUGAAAAUUGAAAGUAAAGGAAUUGUUAUAUAUUGCAGAAAAUCUUGUAGAGAAGUUAAAAAAAAAAAAAAAAAAAAAUAUACUUCGUCUGUUAUUGGAGCUUUGUUCUCAUAGAAUUGUUUAAAAAAAAGGGCUAUAAAGAAGAAUUUUAAAAAAGUGGAAAGGUAAAAGAAACAUCGAAAAUGUGACACGAGCAGGGAAGAUUGCACGCGUGUUUAAUAUAAAUAUACUCGGAGAGUUUCAACGAAUAAAUACGAAGAAAUAAGAUAAUCCCAAGAAAUACGAAGAGGAAACGAAAUGCUGCGUAACUCGAACGUUUUAAAAGCUGUCGUUAAAUUAAGCAUCAUCGAGUUUGAAUGUAUUUAAAAUAGCUCGUUACGAUUCAAACACGAUUAACGUCGUCGUAACGAAAGAAAAGAGCAGGCUGACUGUUUAUUACGAUCACGAGCAGAAUGUUCUCGUCAUGUUUGAACUACGAAUAUCUAUCUAGCAAGGUCCGUUAGAACGGAAACAGUUUCUCGAUAGUUUCGAUUCUACUGUAUUUUUCCGCGAGCAGGUUCGUCGAUUUGUACGAGGAAAAGCUAAUUCGAAGACGAUGAAAUUUCUUAUAGGAGCUUAGACCCGAUUCGCUUCUGAACGUGCAAGGUAUUUCAUCAAGUCCCCGGCAUUACUCUCUAUUAAACGACUUCUGAGAUCAAAAUAAGGCAAUGUGAAACAAUUUUUGCCUUUCUUAAUUAAAAGAGGAUCGUUUCGCGAUAUUUCCUUUCUCUUUUCGACGUAAUAGUUUAUCGAGUUCGUCUUAUUUUGUGCUCAAGAUUCGUUUAGUCGUGAUUGUUACGGACUUCGUGAAACAUUUGGUAUCGUGUGGUCCGUAGGAUAAUUCCACGGGAACGUAGACUAUAUACUCGAACACGAUCACCGAUAUAAUAAUUUAUUUUUCUACAGUUUCAGUCGCCGAUUUAAUAGACCAAGAUGACUCGAGUACGUACAACGCACACGAUUAACGAUGGCAGGAAGCAGAAGAUUAGGAUUUAAUCCUUUCGUCGGCAAUUAUUUGGACACCCGAUGAUCUUUCAAGCUUGAAAUAGUCGCAAAAGAGAAACGUUGCGGUAUCGUAAGCGUAGAGAACGAGAGACAAUUCGUAAAUACUUACACCGUGAUUUUUAAUAAACGUUUAACCGAAUCGAAAUUUUCAAUCCGGGAUAUUUUCAUUGCUUUUUUAUAACCGUCUUUUUCUAACGAUACUUUUAGCAAGAUUAAAAAUAGUACGAAAGGAUUAAACGGAAACGAAGAGAAAGGGGAACGAAGAGUGAGAGAGAGUGAGAGAGAGAGAGGGAGAGUGAGAGUGAGAGAAAGAGAGAGAGAGAGAGAGAGAAAUUUUGGUGUAAUUAGAAAAACGAGAACGCACGGCCUAAGCGCGAUAACAGUGGUCAGACUGGACAGAUGUAGCGAUAGAAGAGAAGAAAGUAGUAAAUCGAAGCAAACUCUCCCGAAGGAAAUUCCGAUCUUUUUUAAAACUUUGUCGCUCAUAUUUUCGAAUCACCUUUUAAACUUGUUCGUUCCCUCAGGUUACCUUUCAUGAGAAAAAAAAAAAAAAAAAAAAAAGAAAGAAAAAAGAAGAAAAGAAAAUGUUUCAUUCGAACGUAGUCUAAAAAUUUCGAAUAUAAAUUUAGAAUCUUCCUACGUAAUAAAAAGAAAAAAAAAUCUUUCUUUCCUUUCGGUGGAGUUACAGGAUCGCAGAAAAAGGAAGAAAAGGGAAGAAACGAAGACAAAUUGAUUACGCGACACUGAAUUUCAAACUUCUUCCACUGUUCGCGUACUUCCAAUUGAUAUAUUGCGCUUGACACAGUCCACACUGCUGAUACGUCUCGGCAUACACACAUAUACUACUACAUAAAUAAAAUGGUGGCGUAGAAGGUGUAGGAAACGGAAGAGAGUCACACAUGUGCGAAAAUAUUCGCGUGUCCGACCAGACAGAGAUCUUGUAAAGUAGCAAUAAAGAUUAUUUCGUGUACAUAUAUAAAGAGAGAAGAAGAAGAAAAAAGACGGGUCGAUAAUGUUAAACGGUAAUAACGAAACGAUUGUUUCAUCGAUAAUUGUCGUCGAUAACGAAGAAGAAAAUAAAGAAACGUAGGAAAGAAAUUGACGAACGACCCGGCCGAAUGCGUGUAUAGUCGUGUAAGAAGAAUUAUAUCACUGUAGAUAUCUUAGCACCUUAGAUGUGAGAUUUCGAAGAGGGAACACUUGUUGUAAACUUUCAAAGUAUACUUCUUCAGACUGGGAUACGCCGGGGACUCGUGAGAGUCGAAUGGAAUCACGCGACUGUAAAAUAAUAAACGGCUUCUUCGCCGAUGUAAAUCGA